AAGAGUUAUAUAUACACUCACAAAUACUAAUCAUGUAGAGUAAAAUUAGAUGACGGUAAAAUUAUUUUAGUUUUGUUGAUAGAUAUUAAACUCAUAGUUUAUUGGAUUUUGAAGAGUGGUGAUAAAGUAUAUACAUAGUAAUGAUUGGAUAAGAGUUAAAGCACGUUGAGGAGGAUAGUAUAGCUGUCUAUAAAAAGUUGAGAUGAGUUGAUUGUGAUAUAUGAGGAGAGAUGGCAGGGAAGGAGGAGAAGGAGGGGAAACUUCAGAAGGGAAUCGCGGAGUUCUACGACGAGUCUUCUGGCUUAUGGGAGAACAUUUGGGGCGACCACAUGCACCAUGGCUUUUAUGACCCGGAUUCCACUGUUUCGCUUUCGGAUCAUCGUCUUGCUCAGAUCCGAAUGAUCCAAGAGUCUCUUCGCUUUGCCUCUGUUUCUGAGGAGCGUAGUAAAUGGCCCAAGAGUAUAGUUGAUGUUGGGUGUGGCAUAGGUGGCAGCUCCAGAUACCUGGCCAAGAAAUUUGGAGCAACCAGCGUAGGCAUUACUCUGAGUCCUGUUCAAGCUCAAAGAGCAAAUGCUCUUGCUGCUGCUCAAGGAUUGGAUGAUAAGGUUUCCUUUGAGGUUGCUGACGCUCUAAAGCAACCAUUCCCGGAUGGGAAAUUUGAUCUGGUGUGGUCCAUGGAGAGUGGAGAGCAUAUGCCUGACAAAGCUAAGCUUUCCACUUGGUGCAACCGACAGUUUGUUGGAGAAUUAGCUCGGGUAGCAGCACCAGGUGCCACUAUAAUAAUAGUAACAUGGUGCCACAGGGAGCUUGGCCCUGAUGAACAAUCCUUACAUCCAUGGGAGCAAGAUCUCUUGAAGAAGAUUUGCGAUGCAUAUUACCUUCCAGCUUGGUGCUCAGCUUCUGAUUAUGUCAAAUUGCUCCAAUCCCUGUCACUUCAGGACAUCAAGUCAGAAGAUUGGUCUCGCUUUGUUGCUCCCUUUUGGCCCGCAGUGAUACGCUCCGCGUUGACAUGGAAUGGCCUCACUUCACUCUUGCGCAGUGGACUUAAAGCCAUAAAGGGAGCUUUGGCUAUGCCAUUGAUGAUAAAAGGAUACAAGAAGAAUCUGAUUAAGUUUGCCAUCAUUACAUGUCGAAAGCCUGAAUAAUAACUGGAGGCAGAGUAUAGCGUUUUCAUAGAAUCUAGUGCAUGUUUUACUGUGACGGGGAAAUGUAUAAGAGUAUAUAUAAUGAGCGGUUGUUUAAAUAAGAGGAAAAAAAAACGAAUUCAAUUGGGUGGGACCUGGGAGUUUUUGGUACUGUCUUUGUUCGUUUUUUAUUUUCGACAUUAUAUUGUAGCCGAAAAGAAAUAAUCAAGAUCCUAUUGAGCGUUAAAGGGGCCGUAUGAUCAAUAUGAAGAUGUAAGCUAAUUCCUGUUUAAUUUCCAUUUGAACAAAGGCAUCAAUAAUAGUACCUCGUGUUUUAUUUAA